AUGGCAAAUGCGUCGAUGGUGAAAACGGAAACUGGAAAUGAAGUGAGAGUUAUUCAAGAGCCGAGCAACGGCUGUCCAACACCAUGUCCACUGAGACUAAAAGACGCAAUCGAGCAAAUCGCGCUAGAAGGUCGAGAUGGAAUGACUGUUGAAUGUCUGCUCUACCGUCUGGGCCACCAUCCCCAAAGUGCGAAGCUUCUGGAAAUGCUUCCCCGAGACCGAGAACUGACCUUUUGGCAGCUCUCGGAAGAUCGCGCGUUGCCUCAAUUUCCAGUCCGUGCUUCCAUGACGGAAUCUGACUCGCUACUCGAUGCAACUUGCGCUGACGAAAAAGACCAAGAAAGAGACCCUUAUCUACCUCCCAAACCUGCCUUAAUCACCGACAUCACAGCCGACGCUCGUGCCAAUCCAAAAGAGCUAUUUUCUCAAACUGAUUCGUACUCAAGAAUUUCCAUUGUAGCUUCCAAAAGACAGCGGUAUUCAGCAAUUAUCAAAGACACGAACCUGACAAUUUCGCACCUUGAAAGCUUAGAUGUCAAGCAUCAAUUUCUCAUUGAAAAAAUCACCCGGUCCAGGGAAGCAGGAUGUCUUCAAAACAUCCUCAAUAAAAUUAAAAUGCCUGGCGACGAAGAAAACAAAAGCAGCGGGACUCACAUUCAAUACCUAAUCCGACCGCUGGAAGAAGCAGGAAUAGUAACAAAGCAGCAAUAUGCGUACCGGCUGAAUGGGCGCGUCCGCCACCAAGUUCUGAUUAUUCUAGCGCGGUUUACGAGGGAUUACAGGACGAAGCACAAAGUCCUGGCGGAGAAAAUCCUCGGCAUUCUGAAAAACGCGCCAGGCUAUCGAAUGUCAAUGGUGCAGGUGAAAAACGAACUGCGACAGUUCAACGAGGGCCGCAGAAUUCCAGACGAUCUCUUCAAGAAAAUCUAUCAAAAUUUAAAAAGCAACGAAACAAUCGACUACUGCCUAAACGACUUUUCAACGCAAAGAAGAGUCCAUACGAUUGGCGAGAGAGACAUGUUCUUGACGGAGAAAUAUGUCAAGGAGAACUUGAGCUACCAGGAGAAACCGCCGCCGUUCUUUCCCCUCACCCAUGGUGUCCCCAUUCUUCAUCAAGUGUUUGCCUAUGCUGAGUACCGUGGCGACGCGGGUUUUACCCAACGAGAUCUGCAAGACGAAUUUCUGGUGUGUUUCGGAAAACUGGAAGCUAGAAACCUAAUUCGAAAGAUGAAAAAGAUGGACUACAUAAAAGAAGUUGGAAUGAAAGAGGAUGGAAAGCAAAAGCACAUUAUUUACAAGCUAAAGCCUGGCCUGACUCUUACUGGGUUUAGAUUUGAAGAUACGCCAGCGUAUACUUACAGGAAGUACCUGAUGAGCGAGGGCAAUGAUACGAACGCGGCGGAUUGCACUGAGUCGCUUUUUGAUCAGCGAAUGAGGAUCAUUCUCAAUUUCGUUGAAAAAGAACAAGUCGUUCCUGAUUACAAAUUCAAAGAUAUCGUCUCGAUCAUCCGCGACGAAGAAAAGCUUUCAAACUAUACUGUCGAUCGACGUACUAUCCUGAAGGCGCUCAAGAAACUGGAAGAAAGGAAAGAGAUUACCAUCCAUCGAGAAAUGAUCACUUUGGUCAUGUCUACUGCAGAUGACGAUGAAGCCGGGACCGACCCUGAAGAUUGCCCAACGGUAGACGCUACUUUCUAUGUCUCGUCAAAAUGCGACCAAAAGAAGCUUGACUACUUCAUCAGACAACACAAGAUUCGAAUGGAAAUCGACAAUCUUCUUCGAUGCGAGCCAUCGAGACGAGCUUUUGGGCGGAUUCAAGGGGAGUUUGACAUUCCGAAAUUCCAGCGUCUCAAGGCUGUCCAUCUCUAUUUCUGGCACUUGGCACAUUUGAGCGAUCCGGGAAUGUUUGGUGACCUGGACGUGCUUUCUCAAAAACCGAGGAUUUACUGUCCUGGAGGCGAGUGGAAAGAAUUCGUGCCUCCAGUUUAUCCACCAGCUCAUCUUUCCGAAGGUUGGAUAAAUAUCGGAGAAGCCUAUCUUCAUGUGCCACUCUCCAUCUUCCGAAAGUUUGCUCCUGGCGCCAUGAUCCACUUCAACGAUCCGGACAAACGAUCGUUUCUCAAGCGCAAUCCGAACAUCUUGCUGCGACAUAUGCCCAAUCAAUUGAGAAAAGAUCUCUUUUACGGGCGUCAGAAUUUGCACUCGCUCUACGAGUGCCUGGAGAAACUUGCGUACAUGGGCCUUUGCUCAUUUGAAUCACUGCCAGAUGCGAGGAGAAAAGUAAACGGACAUGAUGAUCCAGGGCAAAGCUGCUCGCCCUGGUUCAUGAGUAAAGACGUUUUGAAUGUUUACAUGCAUAAAAAAGCGUCGGUCCUCGACACUCGAAGUUGCCUUCCUGGAUACAUGUUUGUCAAAACAAGUGGUAGUUUCUCACGCAUCUCGUUCGACUUCAAAAGCCUGGCCGACGUCGAAAGUUACUGGUCAGAACUUCAAGCUGUUUGUACAACGACACCGUUGAACAAGAAGCUCUACAGUGCCACUACUGAAGAUGAGGACCGCGUUUACGAUAUCUAUCUGGACGAUGAAACUUGCAUCGCGAGGAAUUCGAUUGACAACAGUAAAACUGCUGAGCAGCUGCGAAAAGAAUGGAUUGUUGACCACAUUAGGAGACUGGAUCCUGCACCACUUGACGAUGGUCAAGCACCCGGUCCACAAACUGGUGCUGCUGGACUUAGUCCUUGGCUAUUCUCGCAUCUCGAUCGGAACUGGGUCCGAAAGGAAAUGAUCAAAGCAGAAGAAGAACAGGCGAAAAAGAAUCAUCUCGAUGCAAUGCGUACUACCUGGAAGAAGGACGCAGACGGUAUCAUCUACAAAACAACAAUCAAGCGAAGAGCGACAGAUGGAGGAAAGAGGAAACCUCUGCCUAGAAGUCAAGCGAAGAAGCGACCAAGAAAAAAUGUCCCAGAAGCGAACCUGCCGAAGAUUCAAAAGAUGAGCAGUCUGAGAGUCCCAAAAGACAUUCCAUCGGCACAAGGAAACAUGUGCCACGACAACCAAGACAUCGAAAUCAUCUUGUCAAAGCAAAUGUACACCUUGAAUGAUGUGCCGAUGGCGAUUAAACGAACGAAUUUCAAAGCAAACGAAGAUGAAGUUCUUUUCCACCUGAAAGUUACAUCAUCAGUCCUGAUGGAAGGAAUAUUAGGCGUGAGCUUUCCCGGAAACAGCGGCACCGCACCUAACAAAAACUCCCAAUGGCUGGAUCUUUGCAUUCCUCACACGACGCUACGAGAUUAUCUUCGUACAGAAUGCGGGUCUCUUGACAAGACCUCAUUCUCCUGCUAUCGACGUUUGACCAAACACACCCGUUACAGGGCCGAAAAUCGACAUGAUCACAUGCUUGAUCAAAUUUCUGACGAUCAUGACUUUAUCCAGCGAUAUUCUCCCGAGGCCGAGGAGCUGAGUAAGAAAAUCGAGGCGGAAAUGAACCAUGGAAAGGUCAACUGGACAAGCUCAAACUUGUUCCAGGAUUUCUUUAGGAAGAUUUAUACUUAUGUGAAGGAGCAACGCUACAAGCAUACAUUCGAUCUGCCAUUGAAGAGCUCAUCUUUGAGACGAUAUGUUAUAAGGGACGCAUUUGAAAAACCACUUCCUCGUGAGGUGAGCGCUCGACAGCCACAGAUGUUCGACCGGCUUUACAGACAGUAUGGAGGUGCUCAGUCGAUUUCAGAUGUGCAGACAUUCAUUGCUGAGAAUGUGUUCUCAAACAUUCUCAUAUCCAGCAACACCUUGAUUGGCGCUGGUGGCGGCUAUCCGAAGAUCACUCCCGAUAUCACGAAAGAACUGAUUUUCUUCGCUCUCGAAAAAUUCAAACCUUAUGACAUAAGCGAGGCAAUACGAUGGCUAGUGAAGGCAAAAGUUUGCAAGAAACUGCCCCGAACAGAUGCGAAGAGUCUUGCAUUUGAGACUGUCAAAGAGCUUGUUGAGAAUCAAAUGGAUGGACUGAUCAUUAACGAGUUCAGCAGGCAAAAAUUCCAAGAUCAGUUGAUAAGAAAGAAUGAUUUCGUCAAGUCGGCCGACACUUUAAAAGAACUCGACUCAAAGCCUGUGGUGGAGUUGACAACUAAAGGAACAAUGUCCGAAUUUAUAACCCUCGCUGAAGGGGUUGUAAAUGGAAAGCUCACCGCGACCAACAUCAUGCCAGAAAAAAUACUCCUACUCUUAUUGACCGAAAGGGAACGAAAAGACUUUCAAAAAGAAGCGGAGCGAUUCAGAGAUAAAACGUUCGAGGAUCAAGAAGUUGAAAUGGCGAGAAAAGCAAAAGAUCAUUACAAGCAUUUGUUAGUGAUGAGAGGAAACUACGAAAUCGUCGACAAGUCGGUGAAUCCAAACAGCAGAAACGCAAGCGAUAGAACUAAUUCGCGAACGAUGAAUCUGAUUCCUACAACGAUUUCUAUCGAAACAGGUCCGAGAAGCAUCAAUGAAGGCGAAAAAAUUGCUCCAGUUUUCCGUGCGAUCAAAUACAGAAUCCCCGAAGGCGGCAAUCCUCUUGUGGAUAAAAGACCGAUGGCAAGAAAAGUCCUUCGUUAUUGCAAUAAAGGCGAUUACAGACCAUCUGCUGCGAAGAAAAUCGAAAACAUUUGCCUGUGGAUUGUUCAGAUUUUGAGCAACGCCGGGGUCUCUGGAAUGGAUGUCUCAGCAAUAUUUGAAGAUGCAUUUAAUAAAGGCAAAUCGUUUGACCCAAAGGAAAUUGCUGAUUCGAUAGAAUUUCUUACAGAAGAAGGCUAUAUCUACAAACUUGGAAUAGAAACUGAAAAAUGUUUGCAUUACAAGCAUGCAAAAGAGUGGUUUAUCGAGACUCCAACGACAGAGUCGAUCGAAAACAGAAAGAAGGAUAAGAACGCACCCCUCAUUCCACAAAAAGGAGUGGCCUUCGUUCAAGCUUGGAAUGAUUUUGACGGCGGAAUAAGCAGCGAUGCUUUUGGCGCGAUAAUGUGCAAUAUCGUGGAUUUGAUUUCGUCAAAUCCUGGAAUAACGCAAGAGAUGAUUCUUACUCAAAUUAUUCACCGUAUAGUGGGCCCCGCCAGCAUUCUCGAUCUGCUCGGAAGGUUGGAAAAGGUCGGCAUUAUUGAGCAAAACCGAGUGAAGAGACUUUCAUCGUGCAUGCCGUUUGAAGAGGAUGACAACGAGGAAGAAAGUGAAGUCAUUUAUUACGAAAUAACUGCUACUGGAAUUGAAAAAACUGCUAGAAUUAUGGAAACUUUAGUUGACAAAUAA